GUGACAGCGGCGAGUCCCGGCUUCACUGCAGGUCCGGGCGAGGACAGGUCGAGCUGGGCAGCGUGUCCCUCCACCCGCUCCCUUUCCCCCUCGCCGCUCGCAGCGCUACCAACCUUCCAGGUUGUAACUUCUGCUCCCGCUGCCCACCCCAUCACCUUCUGGCCGGGACCCGGCCUGUCCACUUCUAGGCUCAGGAGGUUUUAGUGGCUUCAAAACAAAACAAAACCCCAAACCAAAAAAAAACCUGCUUGAGAGGAGGGGGCGUGGCGGGGAAGGAUGCGAGACCCGGUUUUCCUGCUCGGCUUCUGGAGCCUCUAUUGUUGCUUCCCGGCGGGAAGUCUCACAACCUUACGUCCCCAGGGGUCGCUGCGAGAUGAGCACCAUAAACCCACCGGAGUACCAGUUACCAUUACCACCAAACCCUCGGUGACUUUUAACAUCCGCACUUCUAAGGACCCAGAGCACGAAGGGUGUAAUCUCUCCCUUGGUGACAGCAAACUCUUAGAAAACUGUGGCUUCAACAUGACAGCCAAAACCUUCUUCAUCAUUCAUGGAUGGACGAUGAGUGGCAUGUUUGAAAGCUGGCUGCAUAAACUCGUGUCAGCCCUGCAGACGAGAGAGAAAGAGGCAAACGUAGUGGUGGUUGACUGGCUGCCCCUGGCUCACCAGCUGUACAUAGAUGCCGUCAGUAACACCAGAGUGGUGGGACGUAGAGUGGCUGGGAUGCUAAACUGGCUGCAGGAGAAGGGAGAGUUUUCUCUUGGGGAUGUUCACUUGAUUGGCUACAGCCUGGGAGCACACGUGGCUGGAUACGCUGGCAACUUUGUGAAGGGAACAGUGGGCAGGAUCACUGGAUUGGAUCCCGCCGGACCCAUGUUUGAAGGGGUGGACAUCAACAGGAGGCUGUCCCCGGACGAUGCGGACUUUGUGGAUGUCCUGCAUACCUACACGCUGUCUUUUGGCUUGAGCAUUGGGAUUCGGAUGCCCGUGGGUCACAUUGACAUCUAUCCCAAUGGUGGUGACUUCCAGCCCGGCUGCGGAUUCAACGAUGUCAUGGGAUCUUUCGCGUAUGGAACAAUCUCAGAGAUGGUGAAAUGUGAGCACGAGCGAGCCGUACACCUCUUUGUCGAUUCUCUGGUGAAUCAGGACAAGCCGAGCUUCGCUUUCCAGUGCACGGACCCCAACCGCUUCAAAAGGGGCAUUUGUCUCAGCUGCAGGAAGAACCGUUGUAACAACAUUGGCUACAAUGCUAAGAAAAUGAGAAAGAAGAGGAAUAGCAAGAUGUAUUUAAAAACCCGGGCGGGCAUGCCUUUCAGAGUUUACCAUUAUCAGCUGAAAGUUCACAUGUUCUCUUACAAGAACAGCGGAGACAUCCAGCCCGACCUCUACAUUACCCUGUAUGGUAGCAACGCAGACUCCCAGAACCUGCCCUUGGAGAUCGUGGAGAAGAUUGAGCUGAAUGCCACAAACACCUUCCUGGUCUACACUGAGGAGUACUUGGGUGAUCUCUUCAAGAUCAGACUUACCUGGGAGGGAGUAUCCAGUUCCUGGUACAACCUGUGGAAUGAGUUUCGUAGCUACCUGUCACAACCCAGCAGCCCCUCGAGGGAGCUGCACAUCCGACGAAUCCGUGUCAAGUCUGGGGAAACCCAGCGAAAAGUGGCAUUUUGCGUUCAAGACCCUAUGAAGAAUAGCAUCUCCCCUGGCCAGGAGCUGUGGUUUUACAAGUGUCAGAAUGACUGUAGAGUGAAAAACUAAACCAGUCCCUUUGUGGAGCUGGCCUGAGGGCCCAAGAAGUCCUGAUGUCCACACCCACACCCUACUGUCCAUAUACAUGGAGGAACGUUACUGCUGAAGACCCACUG